AUGUUUUGGGUUUGGCUACAAAGCCUUUCUGAUGAAAUGCGAUCAACACUGAGGAAGUUGUCUGUGGAAGCGAUAAGCGAGGAAAAUCUUGACCCGGCUAGAUAUCCGUCACAGGUACUGUGCCUAACCGAACAAAUCAGGUUUUGUCGCGAUUGCGAACAAGUUUUAGACGGGACGAAGGAUUUCAGCAAGUUGAAGGCGGCUCUGCAAGAGCAGCUUCGUGCGUACACGAACACGAAGGUCGCCGAUGUAGUGCUGGAUUGUAAACUGAAGGCUCUCAUACUCGACAUUAUUCAUCACAUCAGCGUUGUAGAGCAACUUAUUAGGAAAAAUGCUGACUCCACUCAGUGCUGGACUUGGCAAAAGCAGUUACGUUUCUACAUGGUCGGUGACGGUGUUGUUGUACGGCAGGUGAACAGCGAAUUCCCAUACACCUACGAGUACCAAGGCAACACUCCGAAAUUGGUCCACACUCCAUUGACUGACAAAUGCUAUUUAACCCUAACACAAGCGAUUCACAUGGGCCUCGGUGGCAAUCCCUAUGGACCAGCUGGUACAGGCAAAACAGAAUCUGUCAAGGCUCUCGCAUCGCUUUUCGGUCGACAAGUUUUGGUUUUCAAUUGCGACGAAGGAAUCGAUAUCCACUCAAUGAGCCGAAUUUUUGUCGGGAUCGUCCAAUGCGGCGCCUGGGGUUGUUUUGAUGAGUUCAACAGACUAGAUCAGACAGUACUUUCUGCUGUGUCGAUGCAAAUCCAAACAAUUCAAGAUGUCAUCAGAUCAAAGAGUGGCACUUGUGUUCUUGGGGGAAAAACCGCAACUGUCGACCCGAACGCAGCGAUUUUCAUCACAUUGAAUCCAGCCGGGAAAGGUUACGGUGGCAGGCAAAAAUUGCCGGACAAUCUAAAACAGCUUUUCCGGCCUGUUGUUAUGUCGACUCCUGACAAUGACGUGAUCGCUGAGACUAUCCUGUAUUCGGAGGGAUUUACCGACGGGCAUACUCUUGCAAGGAAAAUCGUUACUAUUUUCACAUUGAGUAGGGAGAUGUUGUCUGCUCAACAGCACUACGAUUGGGGUCUAAGAGCGUUAAAGGUUGUGCUUCGUGGAUGUGGAGAUCUCCGUGCAUCCAAGCCAGAAGCUAACGAGACUGAUAUUGUUGUUCAGGCUCUUCUCCUGAAUACUCUCUCCAAACUUACUUCAUCAGACUCCAAACGUUUCGGCGUACUUAUCGACGACGUAUUCUCUACAGCGAAUAAGGAGAUGGCAACGUUGAAAAAAGUCUUCCAACUGCAUGAACAACUUCGCCAAAGGAUUGGAGUGGUCGUUGUGGGUCCAACAGGUGCUGGGAAGUCGACGGUUUGGCGUGUACUGAAGAGAGCUCUGCUACUUGCUGGAGUCGCGUUAAAAACUGUUUCGUUCAAUCCAAAGGCUAUGAAUAGAACGAAGCUUCUCGGUCACAUGGACAUCGACACUCGAGAAUGGUCAGACGGUAUACUAACGAUGGUUGCAAGAGAGGUUAUCAAAGAUACUAGUGUUCAUACAUGGAUCAUAUUCGACGGCGACAUCGAUCCGGAAUGGGUGGAGGCGUUGAACUCAGUGUUAGAUGAUAAUCGUCUGUUGACCAUGCCAUCAGGGGAACGCAUACAAUUUGGGAGUAACGUCAACUUUCUCUUCGAAACCGACUCUCUUCAAUUCGCAUCACCAGCUACGGUAUCGAGAAUGGGGAUGAUUUUUAUCAGUGAAGAAGACAUUUCCGCUAAAGAAGUAGUGGCGAAGUGGACGAGAACUAUGUCUGAUGAGCACGCUGAUCUUCCCGAUUGGAUCGAAGAACAUUUCUUUAGAUGCUAUGACUGGUGCUUGGACGCCGGCCUCACGAAUGGACUUGGAAAAAUUGCUGCUUUGGAGAAUGGGCUAAGCCAUUUGAGAGGCAGCAAAUCCUUGCAGAUGUUCCUCGUCGGUCUCUAUCGUGGUCUUUCUUCAGUCAUAGACUCGACAAAGAGAAGAGAUUUGGCCACCAUUGUUUUUCAAGGGAUUGUAUUACCAGACAUGGAAAAUCCAGAUCUUGUCUACUAUGACAGUAGAUCGGAAUCGCUGAUGAGAUACCAAGAUGACGUCGGAAUGGGCGUGAAGUUGGACGACUUAAAACGAGACACGAAACCAUUCAUUCUGACAGCUUCUGCACAGUCGAACAGGGACACAGUGUUGUCAUGGCUUUCGAACUCAAAUCGCCAUCCGUUCGUUGUUGUCGGACCAGAUGGUUGUGGGAAGGAAGAACUGCUGAAGCAUUGCUUCAGCGAAGACAGUCAAAGUCAACUUGCUAUCGUACAUUGCACCGCACAAACCCAGGCAUCUGCAAUCCUUCAAUGCCUAUUGCAGCACUGUGUGCAGACCAGUAGUGCAUCCGGAAGGGUUCUUCGGCCGAAGGAUAGACCUCAACUGAUUCUUUACUUGAAAGGUCUUAAUUUGCCUGCACCAGACAAGUAUGGAACAAGUGAAAUGUUGGCUUUCCUCCAUCAACUUCUCACAUAUCAAGGGUACUAUGACGAACAUCUUGACUGGAUAGGACUUGAAUGGAUCCAGAUAGUCGCGUCUAUGGCUCCCUCGUCAACGCAGUCAUCGGUUCCACCUCGACUCAUGUCACAGAUGAGAAUGCUCACCAUCGACUAUCCAACAGAACAAAACCUAAAUGCAAUAUAUUCUACUUACCUUAUGCCCAUUAUGGAGUCUUCGCUCGGUUCCUCGACUCGAAUUGAAGCGAUGGCUUCUGUUAUGGUUCGACUGUAUGAAGAAGUUCGUUCCCACUUCCGCCCAGCUGACAGAGGUCAUUAUAUUUUUACACCAAGAGAUCUUACCAAGUGGACGUUGGGUAUCUUGCGAUACGAGCUAACGGACGAGUCCAAGGUCAUUGACGCUAUUGUCUUUGAGUCAAAACGGAUUUUUAGAGACAGGCUCGCCACUGAGGAGCAUGUGCUAAAAUUUGACGAAUUGCUUGCAUAUGUGAUACCGACAGCCAGGAAAGAAGCAGAUACCGUAUUCGUCUCUAAUGGUACGCUGGUUCCACCUCAUAACGUUGUUGGGCUGCAACUUGUUCCCUAUGUGAAAAAGGACUACCGAAGCAUACUACAGAAAGCUGUGAAUCGCUAUGAGUUCGAAGUGGCGAAUUUCUCGAAUGCGUUAACUGAUGAGGCGUGCGAAUUAUGUGCGAAGGUCGAUCGAGCACUCACGACACCAGGUGGUUCUGUACUACUGGCUGGCCACUCAGGAUUGGGCCGAGCAGAUACGAUCCGUCUCAUCGCAAACAUGCACCAAAUGAACUUGUUUACACCGAGAAUUACACCUAAUUAUGGAAGUAAACAGUUCAGUCAGGAGCUCAAAAAUGUCAUACAGUCUGCAAUUUCCAACGAUCAACAUGUAGUACUACUCGUUGAAGACUAUGAAAUUCUCCAACCAAGUUUUCUGGAAUCUAUCAGUUGCCUCAUAUGCAGUGGAGAAGUGCCUGGUCUUCUAACCACACAGGAGCUGGAUUCUCUAUUCAUAGCUCUCCGCGACCAAGCAAGUCAGGAUGGUUUUCAAGGACAUAUGCAACAAUACUUUGCUCAGAGAGUACGAACGCUGGUACACGUCGGCCUUGUUCUGGAUACGGACAGCUCCGAGUUCCAGCUAAGAAUUGCAGCCAAUCCUGCGCUUUUCAAGUCGUCAAAUGUGAUUUGGCACGACGGUUGGAAUAGGAACACAUUAGCUCAGAUCCCUCAACUCGUUUUACAAAAGAAGGGGAUGGACAUUUCUGAGGACACCAGCCAGUUGUUCAGUCAUAUUGAAACAAUCCUUCCUGUAUCAGUGCUUUCUCCUUACAAAUAUCAACGUUGUAUCGAGAAUUACGCUUACAUCUACGAGAAUAAAAAAUCUGCAGUUUCUGAACGCUUGAAUAGACUGAAGGCUGGAGUUUCCAAACUAACAGAGGCACGUGAACAGGUGGCAGUGAUGCAGAAGAAGGCAGCGAAGAAGAGCAAACUACUCGCAGAAAAGCAAGCUGAUGCUGAUGAGGCGCUGAAAGCGAUUAGCAGGAGUAUGACGGGAGCCGAAGAUCAGAAAACAUCUAUGGAGCAGUUGCGAGCUGCAACCGAGGAAGAAAAUGCAAAAAUCGCAGAGAAAAAGAAGAAAAUUGACGAACAGCUCAAAGACGUGGAGCCAUUGUUGAAGGAAGCGCGGUCCGCCGUAGGCUCUAUCAAGUCAGAAUCGCUGUCAGAAAUUCGAAGUCUUCGAGCCCCUCCAGAGGCCAUUAGAGACAUUCUCCAAGCAGUGCUUCUUUUUAUGGGAAUUUUGGACACUUCAUGGGAAGCAAUGCGGAAAUUCCUAUCGAAAAGUAGCGUAAAGGAUGAAAUCAUCAACUUCGAUGCACAUCGAAUAACAAGAGAUGUUCACAAAAAAGUAUCAGCUCUUGUAAAAAGCAAAGAAACAUCAUUUGACCCUAAGAAUGCCAAACGAGCUUCUGUAGCGGCAGCUCCAUUGGCCGCAUGGGUGACAGCAAACUUACAGUACUCUGAAAUCCUGGAGAAAAUUUCCCCUUUGGAGCAGGAAAAGAACGAACUUGUCAGCAAUCUUUCACGAGCCGAAAAGCAGAUACAAAAACUGUCCCAAGGCCUGCUUACUGUUGAUGAAAAAGUGGCAGGUCUCAAGGAGAAAUUUGAGGUUUUAAUGAAGGAAGCAACACAAAUCAAAAUUGACCUGGAAAAAGAGCAGGAUACAAUCAAAGUCGCUGGGACAUUGAUCGACCGCCUUGGUGGGGAAUUUACACGAUGGGAAGCGCAGAUGGAGGCACUAUCCCAGGAGAUGGGAAACGUCGAACGAUAUGCACUAGUGACGGCGGCGUUUGUAACGUAUCUCGGCGGAUGCUCAGAGGAAACUCGUACCGAAGUUUUGAAAUUGUUCCGCAAUGCUUUCAGCAUUCAAGAUUUCGAUCCAGUCGCAUUCUGCGCCACCGAAACAGAGCAGCUGAACUGGAAGAACCACGGUCUGCCCGCCGAUUCUCUUUCGGUGGAGAAUACCGUAAUGCUGUUGAACAACGCUCAAACGCCGUUAGUGAUUGAUCCAACUGGACGAGUUGCAGCAUUUUUGCACUCGCUUCACAGUAAAUCCGAACUCUUUAGAGCAACUCAGAACGAUCUUUUUACACAGAUCGAGUUCGGGAUUCGCUUUGGAAAAACAAUUAUUGUCGAUGACGUCACAGAUGUUGACGCAGUUCUAGUGCCUAUAUUCAGAAAAGAGUUAUCAUCUCAAGGUCCACGACAGGUAAUUUCGUUUGCGGACAAGCAGAUCGACUAUCAUCCUGACUUCAAGAUGUUUCUCUGCACUAAGAAUCAGCAUAUCGUGCUUCCGAGCUGCAUCCGCAACGUGCUUUCUGAAGUGAACUUCACGACCACGCGGAGCGGUCUUGCUUCCCAACUUCUCGGCCUAGCCAUCCAAAUAGAAAAGCCAGAGCUUGAGGAGAGAUCCAGCACGUUAGCAAGGGAUGCGGAGGGAAAGAAGAUAGAACUGGAAAAAUUGGAGCAGUUACUGUUAGAGCAACUUGCCUCAUCAGAAGAGAACUUGCUUGGUAAUUCUGUUCUAUUGGACUCCCUUAAUAAGUCCAAAGAAAACGCGGAAAUUAUCAGUCGUGGUAUUGAGGAAAGCGAACAACUGCGUAAGGAGCUCAACAGCCAACGCAACGCUUACCUCUCAUUAGCCGAGUCCGCCAGUUCGCUUUAUUUCGUCUUCUGUGAUCUCCAGUUACGCAACCAUAUGUACAAUUUCAACGUGAACACCAUCAUCAGCAUCUUCAAGAGAGUGAUCUCAAGCUGUGAGGACAACUCUUCGACACGAAUCGCAACACAAAUGCGUUCUUUACAACUGGCUGUAUUCUACCAUAUUUCUCGAGCAUUAUUCAAAGCUGAUAGGCUUAUGUUUGCACUAUUGUUCAUACAUGGAACGCUGCCAAAAAUGUUCAUGCCGAAGGAAUGGGAGCUAUUCACUGGGGUUAUACUGGAUGAGCGACAAGCAUCAGCAACAGGAAUAUCGUGGAUUGACCAAAGCAGACAGUCGGCUGUCGCGAAGCUGCAGGCUCACUUACCCACGCUCUACAAUAAUCUUCAAUUAUCCGACCAAGGUACGUGGAGCGAAUUCAGUCGAGCGGUUGACUGUGAAAAUUCUAUCCCAUCCGCCAUUGAAACGAGAAUCACACCGUUCCAAAAGGUACUACUUAUCCAAGCUGUUCGUCCUGACCGUCUCUACGCAGCGAUGCAGAACUUCGUGCUGAAAACACUGUCAUUACCGUCCAUAAAUCCUCCACCUUUUGACCUCUCGGAUAUCUUUAUCGAAUCCACAAAUCAGGAACCUAUAUUACUUAUUCUUGCUGGAGGAGCAGACCCUAGUCAGGAUCUUGAGGAACUGGCCGCUAGAACAAUCGGUUCUCAUAACUAUACGUCCAUCCCAAUGGGUCAAGGCCAGGAACAAGCCACAAUUGAUGGAAUACGAAAAGCAUCAGCGGAUGGCCGAUGGCUGUGUCUAAACAACGUACAUCUCAUGCUUAGUAUAAUUCCAAGCAUACAAAAAGAACUAGCAGCGGCAACUCCGCACGAGAACUUCCGAUUGUGGAUGACUACGGAAGAGGAGGCCAGAUUUCCAGCUGUAAUGCUGCAACGUUGUUUAAAAAUCACAUUUGAGCCUCCUCCUGGUAUCCGAAACAAUCUUCUACGGACCUUCUCCCAGCUCGACGACGCAAGACGCUCAGUGCUUACAACGCAGACCACUUUCGUUCUUGCAUGGUUGCACGCCCUUUUGCAGGAGAGGCGCACAUUCAUUCCACAGGCAUGGACGAAAUUCUACGAGUUUAGCAACUCUGACGUACGUGUAGCUCGAGUCUUGAUAGAUACGCUCGUCAGUGAGUCCAACGCUGACUGGGAAUUUGUAAGAGGUCUACUGAUGUUUGUCGUAUACGGUGGACGGAUCGAGAGCAUAUUUGAUAGUCAAGUUCUCGAAUCCUAUCUGCUCACUUUAUUCAAUCCUGAGAAAAUCACUGGAAGACCAGGACAGCUGUUAGCCAAAGGAAUAGAGCUCUUGGCUGUGGAUAAUAUCAAGGAGAUUCAAAAAUUCAUCACAAAAUCAAUCCCUCCGGAAGAUGAUCCUGAUCUUUUUGGGCUUCCUGUGAAUAUUAGAUUCUCGUGGCAGGUGACAGAAGCAGAGGCUACGAUAGCCAGAAUGCGUAUAUCAGUGGCAAGCGACGGGGAAAAACGGAGUAGUUGGGCGGAAGCAUGCAACCCCAUUCUACAACUCUGGAAACGAUUGUGCCAGGGAGGGGAUCUUCAUAGCAGACAGAUCCCAACACUGAAAGAGUGCUCUGAUCCUAUAGCAGAAAUUAUGUCACUGGAGUUCAUUCACGCAGUUAAGAUGGUUCAAAAGAUCCACGCGUGUCUAACGUUAGUAAGCAAGAGCAUACGAGGCACUGUUACACCGAACAAAUCCACAACGGAAGUAAUAAAGAGCCUGCAGCUUCAUCAGAGUCCUGAUUCAUGGCACAAUCUAUGGUCAGGUCCACAGGAUCCCGCGCAAUACUUGACUACACUCAUAGAUAAGGCUAAGUCGGUGCAGGAGCUCGUUUCUCUUUCCAAACAAGAUGGUUUCCUGGCAACACCACUUGAUUUCUCCAAACUGUUCCGGCCGGGUCGCCUUUUGAACGCUCUUCGACAGACGACUGCCAGGACUAAAGGAUGCACUAUGGAUUCUUUGCGCUUGUCCUCUGCGUGGGAUGCUUCGCGCUUUGCUAACGACAUCGCCAUACACGUUAAGGGAACACACGGACCAGCUGAUGGACAGAGACCUUUGUGCGCACAUUUUCGACAAAACAUUGCUUUGGGCGCUCUAACGCACCGGAGACGUGGGCAGACACCGCUGCCACCUCUAGGGAAGCCGCCAACGAUAUGUGGUGAUGUGUUCGCUACAGGGGAGGACAAGCUAAGAGUUCAGCUCGAAGACCUCGUCAACGUCACUCAGAAAGCUCGGGAACGUCUUGGAUGGCAAUGUCGAGGGAACGAAACGAGAGGAAACUAUGCUGCGAGAAAGUUUGUGCGGCUCCGAAAAGAUGCAAAACACGCUCAAGGAGCAUUGUUUGAUGGGCAACUGAGAAGUACACUUGUCAGCAGUCCUCCAGUUGCGACCGCCCCUCAGCUCACACUCGGAUGGACACAAAUUAGUUCGCCGACAUUAUAUAAGGAACACGAGAGCGUAUCUGUACCGUUGUACAGCGAUGCAUCGCGUAGUGAACAUAUCGCAACAAUACAGAUGCCAUGCACUGAUGUCCAUAAGUGGAAUAUCGCAGCUGUAGCUUUGUUCUUAAUGGUAAUGUGA